UCCACUUCGCUCCCUGCAAGAUGUGCCGUGUUGCAAUGUUGUUAGUGGUGUUGGCGGUGACAGCCGUCGUGGUGACAGAGGCGCAAAGGGAACCAGCAGCUUCAAAGUGUCAGGCUGCAACAGAACUAGCAAUACAGAUUCUGCAGGCAGUGAAGGGCGCUCACCCCGGGGUGGCCGUGGGACCCCACAAGAGGAACUCGGAGCUCAUUAACUCUCUUCUGGGUCUUCCCAAGUUCAUGAUCGACGCCGGCAGGAGGUGAUGAGAUGCCUCCUUUUUCACAAGUUUAACGGUUAUGAUUAGCUGCAGAAAUCUGAGCCCAAUUUCCCAUGAACCAGUUAUACCGUUUCUUAUACUGGGAAUGUACUAGACAGAAGAAGAUGUGUCCUGUAAUUUGUGUUUCUUUGGCUGGUCUACUAAUUCUGAGCACAGCUGCGUGAUUUUGUACAGGUCCAACAAUAAACAAUAUUCGAUUGAUAA